AGAAGUUAAUAUUUUAUUUUGUGGAAAUAUAGAACGUUCCAUUAAGUUUUGUUGUACACAUUGUUUUACCCAUAAGGCUAAUUGAUCAUCUCUACAACUUUGUCCAAUGAUUAUGUUGAUAGAAACCAGAGGUAAAACAUUGUAAAAUAUAACCUUGCAGAUCCACUGUGGGCUUUGUGUAUUGGGUCACAUUUGAUCAACCUGUGCCUUUUUCGACGCGCCUCCAAAUAGGUUGCAUAUGACCUUGUGUGGAUUUCUUUAUUAGACGCCUAUUAAUAUAAAAACAUACGCCAUGCACAUUUAUUCUCUCGCUCUUCCGCCCUCCCAAGUUGGUGUUCGGUACGCACUUAAUCUAUAACAUUCGUUGGUAGCAAAUCAUCUCCCUUGUAAAAAUGUAGUGGAUGUACUGUAAUAUAUUACUGCAGCGAUAGGCCUACGGAAACCCGUGAAAGCCAUGCCAAUAUUGUGGCAUAUGGUCAAUUUUCUAGUGGUGAGUCGCGCAUGCAGCCAAGUCGGCAAUGACCUUAUCUUUUAGCGUUGACACUGAGGGCAGAAAUGCCCAUUGUGCAUAAUGUGUGAACAUUUGAAAAAUGAGGAAUGCAUGUACGUUAAAAUGGGUAAUGGCUGCCAGAUAUGUGCAUGCCCCCGAAGUUGAAAUGUAUACCAAAUUCCAGUAUAGAAAGUUGUGAAGGACAUAAGGAAAGGUAGUCUGGUUGCCGUCUCUGAUCAGCUAUACCAUUCCACUCCUUGCCAGUCAUAUCAUUUGCCAAAUGAAUGUUAGCUGAAAAGACUGGUACCCAGACUAAGAGAAGGGUUGGAGCAGAGGGGAUGGCGACCAAGAGCCAAACAGUGAAGUUGUCUCAAGCAGAGUUGAGGUAGUGAACUACAUGUAGUAAUUUAACUACAUUUUGCAAUCGCUUGGUGGUAGUUGAACUUAUUUCAAAUCUUGGUAGUGUUUUCAGUAGUUAAUUGCCUUUUUUGCCAGGUAGUGGUGUAGCUAACUACUGGAACUACACACUACUCUUUCUGCUAAAAUUGAAGAAAAUAUGGGUGAAGUAGACAAGAAUUUCCUUUAUUUUUUGGCAUCAGACUUGCCUAGUUUUCACUUGAAAAAUAAAUGACACAUUCGGUUAACUGACUCGAGAGGGAUCUAAUCUUAAAAUGUGUAGUCUAUGACAUUUCAUAUUUACAUAUGAUAAUUUAUCACGAAUGCGUGCCGAAAAUAUCUGGCCUACAGGAUGUGAAAGAUUGGAAUGUGCCAAUUGCUUUGAAUCUUUCCAUGAAAUCUGCUAAAUGCAUAUUGAGACCCUUUGUUUAUUGGUUGAUGUACACAUGGCUAAUGUCCUCUAGUUCUUCCAUGUCUUAUCAUCCACAAUAAUCAUCUCUCUCGUUCUCUCUCCCCCUUUGCAGUUUUCCUCCAACAUUUCCACACGUUGGUGACCCCAUCAAGACAGAAAGACACUAGGAAGUUGAAACAGAAAAAGAGAGGAAGUUUGUGACAGGACAGGAAGUAAGAAGCUGCUGCUGGAAGUGGCCCAAAAUGGAAGCCAUCGAACUACAGCAGAGUCUGAAGCGGUCUGGAAGGGCCUGGGGAACAGAGAGGGGGGAGCUUCUGGACAGCUUCGACUCAGAGAUGCAGGAAUGGGAGGACCAGCUGCAGGACAUGCAGAGGAAGAUAGAGGAGCUUUACAACGAGGUGCAGGCUCGUAGAGGUGGAAAUUAUGUCACCAUGGAUAACAGCAAAAAUGAUAGGAUGAUUGAUUGCGGCCGUGGGCAUCAUGACAAUGGCUUCUGUGACCUGUAUGGCAGCCACAUCAACGCCACCAAGGACCACCCCAGUGCUGUAGAUGCUUUUAACCACGGCCCCAACGGUUACGGCUACCCUGUCAACCAUCAGAAUGGCGGCUAUGGUUAUCCCCUUAGCAACAGUGCGGUGGAACUUGGAGACUUGUUGCAGGAUUAUCUUGGACAUGGUCAAGGAAAGACCCGGAAGACCAACUCCGCUAUCAACAAUGUAACCCUUGUCCCACUUCUCUCUCAGCAUCUGAAGGAGAUCACUAAAGGGAGCCAGGAUCAGUCUGUACACCAGGACGAGAUGAAGAGGAGGCCUGUUGGGAAUGAAAGGAUUAGUAAGGUGCGGUUUGCGGACGAGGAGGCUGAGAACAGGAAGAACAGGGUGUCACACAGAAAGAGUUCCCCUUGUAGGGACCUUAACAAGGAGAACACAGGGGCCAAUCCCCCCCUCAGACAGCGAGAAGGUCCUCCCAUACCCCCCCGAUCCACCUCCCAGAUGGCCCCUCCCGACACCUUCUCCCCAGCCCUGGACAGGAUGUCCAAUGCCCCUGGGGUCCUUGUGGACAGGAAGUGUGGUAGCCCCUCGGUUCUCAGAAAGUUUGGAGCCAUGCUCCAGGAAAACGAGGGCAAAACCCUCACUGAUACCGGUGUGGUGACCAACCAGGUGCCUACCGAGAACAAGUGCCCCACCGCCAUCUGUCAGCACAAAGGGCUGGACGGCAGCAGGAUGACUGGGCGCGUGCCUGUCCAGAAGUGCCAAGCAGAUUCCGUCAUGCUAACAGCAAGGAUGGAUUGCAGCCAAGAACGAGGGGCAGUGAAAGACUUUAGGAGAGGGAGCCAGCUGGGAGAGGGCAGAGGCACCUCAAUGGCUAGCUAUGCUCACCCUAAAGGACUCCAUGCAGGGGUUCAGAGGAGGACCCAGGUAGGAGGCAGCCCCAAGCCCAAAGCAAGGGCUCUCAGAAGGGCAGACAGAGACAUGGGUCUGGUCCAGGGAGAGAGGGCCAGGAGGCCUGCACCCCAGCCUGGGGAACUCGGAGUGGACUACAGGAACCUGAGUGGAUCCUAUGUUGGGGCUCAGAUGAUCCAGAGGGGAGGGCCAGUUGCAGGUCAGAAGAAGGACAAUGGACUCAUUGAGCUUCUGGAUAUGCUGGACAUUGAGCACGAGUACAGCUCCUGCCCCAAAGCCGCACAGACUGCCUACAGACAGGACACACAGCAGGUGAGCCCAGCUGACUCAUUCUCAGCAACCCCCACAAGGAACUUCUCUCGUCCUGCUCGUCCAGCUAAUCAACGCCCUCCAUCCAGGUGGGCUUGCUGUGCCCCCACCGCCUUGAUCUCUGCCCCCUCCGGCCCAAUUUCCCACCCCCCAAGCACCUUGGCACGCACUCCUAGCCCGAUAGCAAGAACCCCAAGCCCCGCCCUGAAGCAGCAAUCUUUCUGCUCCUAUUUGCUCCACACUGAGACUGCCAUCAUGUGAGACACCUGCCCCGCCCCCUCUAAACCCUGCCUCUCCUCCCCAAAUUCAACCCACAGGACUCAGAUGACAUAGUCCUGCCCUCUCUGUAAAUACUAAAGACUGUUCCUUCUAUCUGGCUUUAAAAAAAAGUGCUUUAAGAAAUUUUCUAUGAGAUUACCCACAUGACUGUGUAUGUGUGGUCUAUAAGAAACAGAAUAGUUGACUCUUGUUCAGUCUCCAGUGUUACUGUGGCCUUCCCUUCUCCUGUGCCAAACUUCAUUACGUCUUUAUUUCUUUCACUCUCUUAACUUCUCUACCUUUCUUUCUUUUGUAUUGGUGAUUUUUGGAUGGCUGUGUAAAAUGUGAUAUAGCAUGCCCCCUUUUUACUUGCGGGUGCAUGUUCCUUUAUGUAUGUAACUCAACCCUAAUAAGUGCCAUGUUGGCUUGUUUUUAUAAAUGGCCAACAAGUCAAUUCAGAGUUGAUCCUGUCCUGUCAGCACAGAAGCAACAUGCUAACUGUCUAUAGUAUGUUUUACUGUAUCAUAUUAUCAAAGUAACGCAUUUGAAAAUGUUCAAGUAACCAUCGUGAGACAUACAGUUAUGACUGUGAUGCUUUUCAUGUCCUUUUUUCUCUCUUGAUAAGAAAUAAACACGACAGUGCUUUGA